CCAAUCUCCUCAGCUAAAGAUUUGACGCCAGAUUCACGCUUGUGGUUGUUAUCAGAUCUGACGUAUUCCUGAGACAGGAUCUGAAUAUCUCAUUUUCCAAUGUUAUUUUAGUAUCAAGGUUCAGAAAGAGCAGGCCUUAGAGAUAUUGAAGGAUUUCUUUGUUAUUUUGCGGAAAGAGUUAAAUUUAUACCGAUAUUUCAUCACCGGACAAACCAAAGAACAUCUGAUUUUUGUUUGUGAAUUGAAUAGAGUUUUUAUUUUGUGGAAUUAUAAUAACAGACAGGUGUUGGGGAAAUUCAGUAAAGAUGUCUAGAAGCGGGUUACAGUUUUAUAACGGUAGAGAAACGGAUUAUAUACCACCUUCGGAUUAUAAUAAUCCUUAUCAUCCCGGUAAACAAUAUGGUUAUAAUAAUUAUAAGUCCCCGGCUCGUUACGAGGAUCCAGAUGGACCCUACUAUAACGAAAACAGAUUGAAUCAACCAAGAUCAGAUGAACCGGCUUACAGCGAAUCGGGAACGGCCAAUGACAAACAGCCCUGGUCUUAUAGAAAGAUAUGUAGAAGAUUUGCCGAAAGAACUUCCAUGCAAGGAAUUCCAUAUAUUCAUGCAUCUAAGACGUGGUACUCUAAAGGAGCAUGGACUUUGAUAUUUCUCAUUGGAACUGGUGGAAUGAUAUUUCACCUGUACUACCUGUUCAGUAUAUAUUUACAAUACCCAAAGCAAACAAAGGUCGAACUCGGUUUUGACGCUUUGCCAUUUCCAGCUGUGACGUUUUGUAGCGUCAAUCCAAUGAGGAAGAGCAUGGCCAAACUAGCUAGUAGAGAGCUUCGAGAUUUACUGGAAGAAGUUAAACCAGAAAAUGCACAGAAAUUAUAUCAGGACGACGUCGAGGCGGCCCUGGGAGAAGUCGCUGCCGGUGUUGGUCCACUAAUACGUAAGAAAAGAUUUCUGGAUAAACUAAACGUUAACAGAUCCUCCACCAGGGUAGAAGUCGAGGAGCGUGAACAUUUUGGCGAAGAUGAUUGGGAAAGAAUCGGUACCAAGGAUGAAGCUGAUGAAAUUUAUGAAAAUUUCCUUUCCUUGUUUAACGCAGAACCAAGACAUACUAGACUGAAGAUGGGACACGAAAUAGAUUCUAUGUUAAUAAAGUGUUCUUUUGCUGGUAGAAGUUGUUAUCCUGAGAAUUUCACACAAAUUGCCGACUCACAUUUUGGUAAUUGUUACACUUUGCAGACUUCAUUGUUUAAAAGUCGUAGAAGUGGACCAGAUCAAGGUCUUGAGGUGAUACUUUUCUUGCAAAAUCACGAGUUUAUUAGAGGUAUAACUAAUGGUAAUGGAAUACAAAUGUUGGUUCAUGAUCGAGAUGUUAUGCCCCAUCCUUACGAUCAAGGUCUCGCAAUUGCAUCAGCUUCUGAGUCAAUCGUUGGUCUUACAUUGCUUAGGAUCAAUAGACUAGGGAAACCUUAUGCAACUUGUCAAGAUGUAACAGCCUUCCAAAACCUGUAUGGAGCUAAAUAUACUAGAGCGUCUUGUCAAAAGUUUUGUGAAGCAAUACUCAUAAUGGAUAACUGUAACUGUACCGAUCCUUUUAAAGAAGAAAUAAAUCUAAAGAUUGGCAACACCAGGGAAUUGCCGCAUGAAUGUCGUUCAGAAAAAGAUACGAAAUGUAUGGUUUCUACUGAACGACGAUAUGAGAUUGGUGAUUUAAAAUGUACAUGUGAUGAUCCAUGCGAUGAAACUAAAUAUGUGAAGUCAGUAUCUGCAAGACAAUGGCCAUCUAAAAGUUAUGCAGAUUUGUUACUGGAUAUAUUAUGUAAUAAAAGAGGAAAAGCAGAAUGUGCCAAUUAUGAAAAGGGCGAUGACAGAUCGCUGGCCCAGAACUUCGUGAAGUUAAACAUUUAUUUUGAAGAUUUGAAUUAUCAAAAUAUUACAGAAGAACCCGACUAUCAGGAUUCUCAAUUUGCUUCUGAUGUUGGUGGAACCGUUGGAUUAUGGAUUGGGUUAUCUGCCCUUAGUUUGGUAGAAGUUUUCCAGUUCAUCGCUGAAAUAAUCAACUACACAUGUUGUAAACGAAAAUCACCACGUGAUCAACAAAAACAAAAUGAGAGCAAGCAAAAUGAGAGUGAAAUGAAAGGUUUUAGAAAUCAAAACUUCAAACAAUAAAUUUGACUGACUUUUGAUAAUUACUUCCGCAGUUAUUGUUCUUGAUAAGUUUUUAGCAUCUUAAUCAUCACCUCUAAAAUCAUCACCUGCUCAAAAAUUUCUAACAAUUUCUUAUCGAGUAGAAGCUUAUGAAUGCUCUAGAUGCAAAAUGUAUUAAAAUGUCUUGUGAUAUCUUGUUUAAAGAGUUACAAUAUGACAAUCUUCACCUGAACCCGUCUCCAUUAGCCCAGUCGGGGCAGAACAACUGUAGAGCGUUCAUUUCAUUUCUUUAUCUGGACUGCUUGGACGACUAAGUUGCUAAUAGUGUGGGGAUUGUUGCCAGACAACCUGUCUUUUUUUUCAUAUUUGAAAAGAGAAAUUUUCUAAAAAUGUGAUAUGUUUUAAAGGCCAUUAUUUUUUUAUGCUUCACAAACUAUUGUGUUGUGGUUCCUGUUUGUAUUAUUUAGAGUUCUCGUUCUUGUUAUUAUAAGAAACAUUUAUAUUCAAGAUUAUCGGUGUUGCUUUUUCCCAGAUUUUUGUUUAUAGUAUAGUAAUGUUUAGAAUUUUAUUUUCUGUUUUAAAAAGGAAUGAACAUAUACACCAUUUCUCUCUGUAUUUAUUAUUGACUUAGAUUAUAUUGUUUUGAAUCUCACACAUUUAUAUAAACACGUUAUACAAUAUUAUUUUAUUAGUUACUUAUUGUUUACUUCAAUACGUGUAUAACACUUUAAGACACUAGACAUCUGGGGCCUGUUUCACGAAAUUUUAACUAAGAUAAAAUCCAAAUUUUAGUAAUUUGAUUGGAUAAUAUUAGAUUGAUUUUAGUGCUUAGCCAAUCAAAAAUUGAAGUAUCUACUAAAAUUUGGAUUUUAUGUUCAAUUAAGAUUUCGAGAAACAGGGCCCUGCUAAGUGUCAGCUUGGUCUUCACCAAGUCCUAAGCACUAUCCACUAUUUAUCGUGGGGGCGACACUCUUCGGUAAAGCUUAAGGAUCCAUCAAUUAAAGUAAGAUUAACCUGAAACUCUGCAUGCUUGUUCCUUUCACAAAUGUGCAACGAUUGACUUAAUCCGAUAUUUAAUAUGGCGUCUUAAUUCCACUCGGUUCCUAUUCCAUCUUGCGCCCAUGCUUAUUAAAAUUUAGUCUUAGUACACUGUAUGUUAUAUGAGGUGCUUGAAUCAUUCUAAUAUCAUUUAUACUCGAAAAUCGUUCUUUGUUGAACUUAAAAUUUCUCUUAUCUCCCCUUUUUCACAAUAAUGUUAGUGUAUAUAUAAUCUGUAAAUAGAAUCUAUAUUUCUUUAUCAUCAUACAAUGUAUGUCGUGUUUGUGGGCACACGGGUAUUAAAAUUCAUGGCUUCUGGGACAAAAAUUUAAACAACACAAGAAGCUGUUUGUCUUGUAAUUAAAGUAAAGUAAACGGGUUAUCAUCGUACUCAUCAACCAUGACUUUAACGUUCCGUAUC